AUGACUUUGUCCCAGUUCAGCUCAACAGAGACUCUCAGGAGCCCUGAGGUCACUGAAAAGUCGAUUAGCUCAAGCCCUAAUCUCUCGCCUCGGGAUGAGAAAGAUCUCUCUGUACCAUCAACACCAGCAGAGACAAUCAAUCUUGAAAGCCAAGUCCCGGUAUUACCGCCAUAUCAUGUGUUCCCUCGCUCUCGCAAGUUGUUGAUGGUCAUCAUCGUCUCCCUGGCCGCCAUCUUCUCGCCGCUAUCUUCAAACAUCUACUUCCCUGCGCUUACAGACGUUGCAGAGGAACUCAACGUCUCAAUGACUCUAGCUACUUUAACCAUCACGAUAUACAUGAUUGUUCAAGGUCUCGCCCCGAGCUUUUGGGGUUCUUUCUCAGAUGUGUUGGGUCGUCGUGUGAUUUUCAUUGGCACAUUUGCUGUCUACAUCAUUUCGAAUAUUGCUUUGGCUGUCUCUACCAACUAUGCUGAGCUAAUGGCAUUCCGAGCAUUGCAGGCUGCCGGAAGUGCAGCCACUAUUUCAAUUGGUGCUGGUGUUGUUGGUGAUAUUACUACUUCAGCCGAGCGAGGUAGUCUGAUUGGAAUUUUCGGUGGUGUCCGCAUGUUGGGCCAGGGAGUUGGACCAGUAUUCGGAGGAAUACUAUCUCAGUACCUAGGAUUCCGAUCUAUCUUCUGGUUUUUGGCGAUUGCAUCCGGAAUCAGUCUUCUCUCUAUCCUGAUCUUCCUCCCCGAAACACUUCGAUCCAUCGCUGGAAACGGCACUGUUGCCCUCAAAGGCAUCCACAAGCCCUUCAUCUACUCCAUCCGUGGACAGAAGGAUGUACAAGAAGGCACAGCACCCUCCGGGAAGAAGGUUAAGGUGACAUUCAAGACUGUGUUAGCACCCCUCACCUUCUUAGCUGAGAAGGAUGUCUUCAUUACCCUGUUGUUCGGCAGCAUGGUAUACACAGUUUGGUCAAUGGUGACUUCCUCCACAUCCGCCCUCUUCGAAGAAAAAUACGGUCUGAAUUCAUUGGAAGUCGGCCUGACCUUCCUCGGAAAUGGUUUUGGAUGCAUGACCGGCUCCUACACAAUUGGAUACUUGAUGGACUUCAACCACAAGCGGACCGAACGCGAAUACUGCCAGCAGCACAACCUCCCCAUCGAGACUCGUAUCAACUCAAAGAGCCACCCUGACUUCCCCAUUGAGUACGCCCGCAUGCGCAACACUUGGUGGAUCACGACUAUCUUCAUUGUCUGUGUCGCUGUCUACGGCGUGUCCCUCCGCACACACCUUGCAGUGCCAAUUAUUUUGCAGUUUAUCAUCGCCUAUGGCUCCACUGCUAUCUUCACCAUUAAUAGCGCCCUCGUUAUUGACUUGUACCCUGGUGCUAGCGCUAGCGCAACAGCAGUCAACAACUUGAUGAGAUGUUUGAUUGGCGCUGCUGGUGUUGCGGCUGUUCAGCCUAUCAUUGAUGCUCUGACUGCCGAUUUUGCAUUUCUCAUGCUUGCUGGCAUUACGAUUGCGAUGGUCCCUCUUCUCAUGGUUGAGAUGAAGUGGGGAUAUGGAUGGCGUGUUGAGCGCCAAAAGCGUGUCCUAGAGAAGGCAAACUCGGUCUGA